AUGGGAGGCUCACUUUCGUGCCGCCGUCCUCUAAGCGUAUCACCUCAAUCGUACCCUACGCUGCAGCUACACGUAUUUGGACUUGCGGGCUCCGGCAAGCAUUCUAUCGUGAGAUUCCUCAAGUACGGUGUACCUGUUUUGGAUGCUAAGCGAGAUGAUGUUGAAGUAGACAUGCAAUGGAUCACGCACCGCAAAGUCAGGAUGCUACUAUGGGUAUCCGAGCACACUGCACAAAAGGAAGUUGCCAAUGCAACCGAUGUUGCCAGAGCGCUCGUAUGCGUCGUUGACGGAUCGGACCCUGACAAGUUGGCCGCAGCUCGCGACUACCUGUUCACACAACUGCAAGAAACCACUGGCACUCCCAAUUUGCUGAUUCUGCUAAACAAGUGCGACAAGCACUCCUUCGUGUUCCUCGAAGAGGCGCACGAUGCGCUGAACCUCGACCAGAUCAGAGACCGCCAUGUGCGCAUUUACGCGUGCUCGGCUGCCACCGGCGAGGGGAUUCGCGAGGCGCUUGAUUGGCUGUGCAGCAAGUUCCACCUCCAAAACGGGAUUUACGUCAGCCGCAAGGGUGAGCAGAACAGUUACCAACCACACAUCUUCGCAGAUACCAUGUAA